GAGGCACGGUUGCACUCUGACAGGAGACAUCAUGGGGAGAGCUCUGAUGCAAACCACCCUCUUUGGUCUGUUGCUGACUUUGGUCACCUCAUUGCCAAAUAAAGAUGACUGGGACAUCUACAGCUUUCACAUCAACUCCACAGUGACCAGUCGUUACGCUACAACAGUCAUCACAAGCCGCGUGGCCAAUCGAAUGAACGAAUCCAAGGAAGUAGAAUUCCAAGUGCGGAUUCCCAAGAAUGCCUUCAUCAGUAAAUUCAGAAUGUUUAUGGACGGCCAGGUGUACGAUGGUGUUGUGAAAACCAAGGAACAGGCUCAGCAGCAGUACACUGCAGCUGUAUCCCGUGGGCAAAGCGCUGGGCUCGUCAGCUCUAUAGGGAGGACCCUGGAGGAAUUUAAGACGUCAGUGACUCUGGCCGCUCACAAAAAGGUGACCUUUGAACUCACGUAUGAGGAACUGCUGAAACGCAGGCACGGCAAGUACGAACUGCAAAUCCAUGCUCGGCCGAUGCAGCCUGUCAGCGACUUCAAGGUUGAUGUGUACAUUGAUGAAAAGGCUGGCAUCAGUUUCCUGGAGGUUAAAGGUGGACUAAGCACCAAAGCUCUGGCUAAUGCCAUCACCAAAACACUGACAGACAAACAGGCGUGGGUGUACUUCUACCCAACUGAAAGCCAACAGAAGACAUGUGACAGCUGUGGAGAGCAGGGUAUGAAUGGAGAUCUGGUUAUUGUUUAUGAUGUCAACAGGGACAUUUCAGUUGGUGACAUUAAGACAUCAGGUGGAUAUUUUGUUCACCACUUUGCUCCGUCCAGUCUUCCACGGAUACCAAAGAACGUUGUCUUUGUUAUUGAUCAAAGUGGCUCCAUGAGUGGCAGAAAAAUACAACAGACCAGGACAGCAUUAAUCCAUAUUUUGAACGAUCUGAAUGAAGAUGAUUUUUUCGGUCUUAUCACUUUUGAUGGUGACAUUUUUCACUGGAAGAGAGAACUUGUUCAGGCCACCAAGACAAAUGUGAACAGUGCCAAGACUUUUGCACAAAAUAUUCCAGCCAGCGGAUCCACUGACAUUAAUGCAGCAGUGCUGGAAGGAGCUCGUAUUCUGAAGGCACAUCCCAGAGAAGGUUCAGCAUCGAAUCCUUAUACUUCUGACUGAUGGAGACC